CACAACCGGGGGUGCCUGCAACCAUGAGCGGCUUGCACUAUUCGCCAGGGCUGCGGCUGCCGCUGCCGCUGUGCCCGCGGACCAUGUCGUGAGGUGUGGCUCGGAAACGCUCCGGGGAACCUGUCAGCCGAAACGACACGCCGAGGAGGAGGAGGAGGAGGUGGGGUGGUGGUGGUGGAAAAGAUGUCCGCCUCGGUGGGGCCCCAGGGCGGCCCUCGCCCACCCACCGUGCCGCCAUCCAUGCCGGAUCUGCCGGACUUGAGCCACCUCACCGAGGAGGAGAGGAAGAUCAUCAUGGCAGUGAUGGCUCGGCAAAAGGAGGAAGAGGAGAAAGAACAAGCCAUGCUAAAAACACUGCACCAGCAGUUUGAGAGCUACAAACAGGAGGUGCGUCGCAUCGGGGCGGAGACACGACGUCAGCAGACCCAGCAGAAGGAUGACGCGCCCACCUGUGGUAUCUGCCGCAAGACCAAGUUCGCCGACGGCUGCGGUCACCUUUGCUCCUACUGCCAGACCAAAUUCUGUGCUCGCUGUGGAGGGCGGGUCUCUCUGCGCUCCAACAAUGUAAUGUGGGUAUGCAACCUGUGCCGUAAGCAGCAGGAGAUUCUCACCAAAUCAGGAGAAUGGUUUUCGGAGUCAGGGGUGCGGCCGGGGAGCCUGGGCACCUCCUUGAACGACCCAGCCACGGGAGGUGAGGCCCAACGGGACAGGAAGCUACUGCGCUCCAGGUCCCAAGCCCCGCCUUCCAGCACCAAGACCAGCGCGGGGCCAGACGGGACACAGCCGCCCACUGGUAUCACUGCUCCCAAGGGUGCUGACAUCAUGCCUAGCUCUCGCUCCCAGAGUGAACCACCCAGAGAAAAGAAAAGGCCGGUUUCCCUCCAUGAACAAAAUGGUAAGGGAGGCAUGGGGCGUGGUAGUGGCAGGAGACCUGCUGGGAAGUUGCCGUCUCAGUCAUCCCUGGAUGAGCGGGUGGGCCCUGGGGACAGAGGAGAAAGACGGCUGGGUGAUGGACGGAGGCUGGAGAAGAUCCAUUCUCAGGACUACGAGGAUGGGGAGGACUUGGGUCGUGCAGAAACACACCGGAGACGGCCAGAGGACGAGGAGCAGAGGGAGCGGCAGCGCCGUGAGGAGGAGUUCCAGAAUCGUUACCGUAGUGACCCCAACCUGGCCCGAUACCCAGUGAAACCACAAAAGGAGGAGCAGGAGAUGCGCAUGCACGCUAAGGUGUCCAAGGUACGCCACGAACGGCGACACAGUGAUCUGGCGAUCAAUGAGGUUGGACUGGGACCUGGUGAAGGAGGAGGUGGAGGAGGCAGCGCAGGUGAGGUGCCUGAAAACCGUCUGGCCAGGAGGGGCGGAGGUGGGGAGGGAGACCGCAAGGCCAUCCUGGAGAACCACCGAGCCUACUCUGUGGAUAGGACCGUGGGGGUAGGAGGGGGGCCUCCGCCUUCUGGAGGUGGAUUGAGAUCAGGGCCCCAACCUGGGGGACCGGUGCCUCCAGACUGGGGUCCGAACAAGGGCCGCCUAGAACCUGGUACAACACGGACACCAAGGGACAAAGGUGGGGAUAACCUGCUGAGGAAGGACUCCCAGAGCUCGGACCAGUCGGAGUCUUUGCGGCCGCCCCCUCCACGGUCAUACAAGAGCAAGCGCGGAGUCAACAAGAGGCAGAUGUCCAUCAGCAGCUCAGAGGAGGAGGGCGGCUCCACGCCCGAGUACACCAGCUGUGAGGACGUGGACAUGGAAAGCGUCAGCGAGAAAGGUGACUGGGACUGUCAUCCUCUAGAUCCUGCAGUGUGGCAUCAUCCAGUUACAUGGCAGCCAUCAAAAGAAGGUGACCACCUGAUUGGACGCAUCACGCUAAGCAAGCGGUCGGCUAUGCCCCGUGAGGCUGGUUCCCUCCUCGGCCUAAAAGUGGUAGGAGGGAAGAUGACAGAGACAGGAAGACUUGGGGCCUUCAUCACCAAAGUCAAGAAAGGCAGCCUGGCAGAUGUUGUGGGACACCUACGAGCAGGUGACGAGGUGCUGCAGUGGAACGGGAAGUCGUUGCCAGGAGCAACCAAGAAAGAAGUGUACAACAUUAUCCUUGAAUCAAAGGCCGAACCCCAAGUGGAAAUAGUUGUUUCAAGACCUAUAGGAGACAUCCCAAGAAUCCCAGAGUCAUCCCACCCUCCUCUAGAAUCAACAGGCUCCAGCUCCUUUGAGUCACAAAAGAUGGACCGCCCCUCUAUAUCAGUGAUGUCCCCUACCAGCCCUGGCACCCUCCGAGACCUUCCUCUGGUUCUGCCUGGACGGCUCUCUGUGAAGCUGUGGUACGACAAAGUGGGCCAUCAGUUGAUCGUCAACGUCCUUCAAGCCAUAGACCUGCCAACCCGACCAGACGGACGACCUCGGAACCCCUAUGUCAAAAUGUACUUCCUGCCUGAUAGGAGUGAUAAGAGUAAACGGCGAACUAAAACAGUGAAGAAGAGCGCUGAGCCUAAGUGGAACCAGACCUUCAUAUAUUCCCACGUUCACCGGCGGGACUUCAGAGAACGCAUGCUAGAGAUCACAGUCUGGGACCAGCCCAGAGUGCAGGAGGAGGAGAGUGAAUUCCUGGGCGAGAUCCUGAUCGAGUUGGAGACGGCCUUGCUGGACGACAUUCCUCACUGGUAUAAACUGCAGACACAUGACGUGUCUUCUAUACCUCUGCCUCAGCCCUCUCCGUACCUCCCACGCAGACAUGUCCAUGGAGACAGCCCCAGCAAGAAACUACAGAGUGCAGAGCGUAACUCCAGGGAGAGAGAGCGUGGCAGUACGCUGGCUGUGCCUGAGCAGCAGCGGCCUGUCCAGCACCGCUCCCGCUCAGUGUCCCCUCACAGAGAAGACUCCUGCAGGGCCCGGUCACGGCCCGCACAUGUGCCCAUGCAAAGGAGCCUGGAUGAGAUCCACCAGAACCGCCACCACUCCCACUCCCCCUCCCGCUACCACGACUCCCACUUGGAGCACCAACGCUCUGGUGACUCGGACUACGAGUACUCUGAGGACAGUGAGGUCCUGGAGAUGCACAGGUCUAUCCGGGGCGGGAGUGCUGAGUGCCUGCACACAAACAGUGACCUGCAGCCGUCGUUGGACAGAGUGAGGAGUGCCAGCACCACUUGUCUGAGACCAGACACCAACUUUCACUCCCCUGACAGAGACAGGUGCUCCAACUCUUUGCCCCGCAAGACUCCCCCAAGUCCCAGGAUCUUAGUAGAACAUGUGGCCCCUGAGGAAGACAGGCAGUGUAGCAAUUCAUCAAGUCCAAACUGUCACAGGGGCAGCAAAAAAAGCCUGGAGGGGGACAGAGCACACCCUCAUGGCAGCCCCUCUCCGCCAACGGGGACUCGCAGGGGCAGGCAGCUGCCGCAGCUCCCUGCCAAGAGCAGCAGCAUAGAGCAAGCCCUUGCAGUAGAGGAGCGAACCCGACAGCUGCAGAUGAAAGUACAUUCCUAUCGGCCUUCAGCCUCCCACGACCCUGAGACGGACCUCAAGACCAAACGGGAGAUGUUCCGAGAUCAGAGGCCAAGCAGUGACGUGUCAGCCAGAUCAUCAGACAGCGAUAUGAGCGAUGUGUCCGCCCUCUCCCGUGCCAGCAGUGCCUCCCGCCUCAGUAGCACCAGCUACAUGUCUAUCCAAUCAGAACGACCCGGGGGGCGACUCAGUCGGCAGAUGCGAUCGUCGAUGGGCCGCAGCAUGCUGAAGAGCUCCAGCGUGAGCGGAGAGAUCUACACCCAGGAGCGCACCGACGGCAGCCAAUCAGACACGGCGCUGGGCAUGGUGGGUGGCGGCAGCAAGAAGAGACGCUCCAGCCUCAGUGCGCGGGUGGUGGCCAUUGUUGGCAACCGUCGCAGCCGCAGCACUUCACAGAUCAGCGGCCCUGAGGGGAAGAGUAAGAAGGAGAAGGGUGCACCCAUCCAGAGGAGCACAGAGACUGGGAUGGCAGUGGAGCUGACCAGGAACAUGAGCCGCCAGCCCAGCAGAGAGUCCAACAAUGGCAGCAUGAACAGCUACAACUCUGAGGGAAAUUUGAUCUUCUCUGGCGUGAAUCUGGGUGCCAGCAGUCAGUUCAGUGACUUCCUGGAUGGUUUGGGACCAGCUCAGUUAGUGGGCAGGCAAACACUGGCUACUCCUGCUAUCGGUGACAUCCAGAUUGGUAUGAUGGAGAAAAAGGGUCAGCUGGAGGUGGAAGUCAUCAGAGCUCGAGGACUCGUACAAAAGCCAGGAUCCAAAUCUCUCCCUGCUCCAUAUGUCAAGGUCUAUCUGCUGAAUAAUGGAGCAUACGUAGCCAAAAAGAAAACCAAGAUUGCACGGAAAACACUUGACCCACUGUACCAGCAAGCACUGCUAUUCGAGGAAAGCCCACAGGGUAAAGUCUUACAGGUGAUUGUUUGGGGAGACUACGGCCGCAUGGAUCACAAAAGCUUCAUGGGAGUUGCACAAAUCCUAUUGGAGGAACUGGACUUAUCAAGCACAGUCAUUGGUUGGUACAAGUUGUUCCCACCAUCCUCCUUGGUGGAUCCGACACUUGCCUCCCUAACUCGGCGAGCCUCCCAGUCGUCGCUUGACAGCUCCUCCGGACCUCCGGGGGUUCGAUCCUAGUGGACCAACAGCUCUACACCGCUCGGCGAGUAACAAACUCAUGAAACAUACAGUAGAGCGAGAGAGAUUAAAAAAAAAAUAUAUAUAUAUAUAGCGGAAAUGUAGAACAACAACAAUCAGAAACAGUCACAAUGAGAAAGCUUUGUUGAGAUCUGACAAUCACUCCUGUUGCGGUUAAUUUUGUCUGUUGUAGAAAGUGCCACAUUUCAGUGUUUCAUAUCCAUUCAAUGAAAAAUCUUAUAGUUUUUCUCUGUGUAUGCUGAAGAAGCAGGGCUGUCGACAGACAACAAGCAGUAGCUCUUGAGACGGGAGAUGAAAAAGUGUCAGAGAAUCAAAAAUGAAGCAGGGUGGUUUUUAACCGAAUCAACAAUAGCAAAGAAAUGUAUGUAAGCAUCGGAAUGUAUGGACUCGAGACAGAGGUAAUCACCCUCCACACCUGCAGGUGGCUGCAGUGGCCUCCUCCAGAACCCCAACAGACUGCCGGCACGCCUGCCCCCGGGCAGGGUGCUCACACGUUGGAAUUCAGUCUGGAAGCACAGGGCCUUCUUCUGGUGCCUCGACCUUGGAGCCACAUCACUGGUCCCUCUCUCUGUCGAAAGAUCCUCUUUUCAAUAUGUUUACCAUGGCUGCUCUGAAGCCACACUGUUUUAGCGUGUUUGCUUUGUUGUUCAUUUCUUUCCCUUUGUUACUACUGGCACAAAAUGUUUUUACAGUGCGUAAAAUGCUCAUGAUAAUGUUGUCAGUCUGGUGUGUGCAUGGAGAGAAAAAAACAAAACACAAGAGAUAAAAAAAAAGGAUAUAAAAACUAUUAAAUGUCUGCAAGUGUUAUGCAGGGGGGGUUGCUGGUGAUGAUAACACAGCUUAGAUUUUUACACUUGACAGUGCGAUUAGCGUGCAAAGUUGUUUUCCUUGUUCCACCUCUGGCAAAUGUCCAGGCCAGUCGUCUUUGUAUAGAUGUAUAUUAGGCCUCUCAAGAGGUUGACCAAUAAAUGAAAUUUAUGUCACUUUGAAAUAUCACAAGGGUACAACAUCACUGUAAAAAAAAUUGAAAAGAGAAAUCUUUGUUCACCUUCGCAAGAGCAAGAUAGGACGGUCUAAUUUUUCACAUCUUUUGGGGAGUGCAGUCCCUCACCCCAGCACGUUUAAGGUUUUUAUCCAACCCUUAGUUUACAUUCUUUGAAAUUUAAACACAAGCACAAGAGCUUGAUUUUUUUACAACAAAAAGUCUAACUUUUUGAAAAAAACACGUAGUUAAAAAAAGAAAAAAAGUAACGUUCCCGUCACUGGUUCGGUUCAUUUCUUUGUCUAGAUAUUAGGAAACGCACAAACAAACAGAAGAGAAGAAUCGCUCACAGUUUCCCUUGUGCAUCUCUGUGAAUGUCAAAGUAACCAAUCAGACUAAUCUGUCAGGACACCAAACACCAAUGCUCAUCCUCCGUUUGGCCCGCAAACUCCUCUCACCAGGAAAGAGUUGGGGCCAGCAUGACUUUGGAACCUGUUCCAAGCUGCAUGCAUAUUUUUGUAAAACGAAACAGAUACAGAAAAAAAGAUACUGAACUAGAUACGUGUGUUAGUUCCACAUACUGUAGGGCCACUUGUAUGUUGCAUGCAGUUGUACAGUUUGCUCGUACUUGAAUAUUAAAGAGAUAAAACCAAGAAACCGAAGCCAUUCCCAUUACGCAACGACAUUUGAACUCAACUGCAGUCUAUUCCACGUCCCUCAGUCCGGUGCUGAAUGUCUCUCAAACUAAAUCCCACAAUUACAUUGAUGUCUUUCCUCGACCCUCUGGAAGAUGUACUGUACUGUACAGUAGUACUGAGCAGACCUCACAGCCCCUCUUACUGUUAUUCCACAUCAUAGUAUACCUCCAAGGGGCUGAGAUGAUGUAUGAAUAAAUAUGUACAAAUCAGAUCCACUUAUAUGGAAAUAUGAAUUAUGUUUCAACAUAAUGAUUUCAGAUAUGCUAUCACAUGAACUGUUAAAUUAUAUAGAGAAUAAAUGCAGAUGCACAGAGAGUCAUACACUGUAAAUACUCAGCAGCCACUCACUGGGUUUUCAUUGGGUUGAGUGAUAAUUGCAAAGGGGCCAAGUUAUAUAAUGAGCAGCGAUUAAUACAUACGUUGGGGACCACAUGCAGUGGGACAACACAAGGCCAGGGUCAUAACCGGCUGAACUCAAACACACAGCCCCAAAAACGACAGGUCUGAACCACUGCUCCGAAAGUCAUUGUCUGAACACUUCUCUGUGCUUCUAAACCAGUGUCUGAAACCCGGCCACGAUCAGCCCCACUUCAGAAGAGUUGACUUUUCUUUUCAUUGUCCGGUGAAGCUGGGUUUAUUUUCCUUUUUUAUUUUUUCUUUCUUUAUUUUAUUUUUGUCAGUAUUAACAGGAAAAAAAAUGCUGAUUGUUUACAACUUCUGUGUUCCACUGAAACAAAAAGAAAAUUAGAAAAAAGUAAAGCAUUCACUGCAACAUUUCUUGUUUGUAUAACAGAUGUGGCUCAAAUGAUGUGUAUGUUUUAUAUUUAAAAAAAAAAAGUUCAUUUUUAUUAUUUACAA